CAGGGCCACUUCAGGAUGACCAACAAUGGCCACUCUGUCCAGAUCGAUUUGCCACCCACCAUGAGCAUCUCGCGAGGACUCCCAGGCCUCUACACAGCUGUGCAGAUGCACCUGCACUGGGGUGGGCUGGACCUGGAGAGCAGUGGCUCCGAGCACACCAUCGACGGGAUGCGCUACUUCGCCGAGCUGCACAUUGUCCACUACAACUCUGCUAACUACUCCAGCUUUGAGGAAGCCAAAGACAAGCCCCAGGGGCUGGCUGUGCUGGCCUUCCUGUACACGGAUGGGCACUUUGAGAACACCUACUACAGCGAAUUCAUUUCCAAACUGGCAAGGAUCAGGUUUGCAGGUCAAUCAACGACGCUGGGUUCCCUGGACAUCCAAGCCAUGCUGCCAGAAAACCUCUCCCACUUCUACAGGUACCAGGGCUCCCUGACCACCCCCCCGUGCUCCGAGAGCGUCAUCUGGACCAUCUUCCACUCCCCAGUUGUGCUGUCACACACACAGAUCCAGCUCCUGGAGAACACCCUGCUGGACUGGCACAACCAGACCCUGCGUAACGACUACCGGCACGUGCAGCUGCUGCAGGGCCGUGUGGUGGAGGCCUCCUUCCCAGCCCAGCAUGCCCAGGGUAAGGGCCAGGGGACCCCCAGGGGACCCUGCACCCCUGGAGGGGACACACACCCUGGGGAAGGGUGUGUGUGCCAGCCCUGCCACACCUCCAGGGCAGCUGCUGCUACCUGGCACCACGUCAGGACCCUCAGGUGUGUCUGGGCAGCCAGGCACCACACAGAAGAGAGGAGCUGCAAUUUAAAACACAGCUUUUGCUCAAACCAGAAGAUCUGCCACGUGUGGGUCCCAGCCUUCUGUAAACUGAGCUGUCUGAUUGCUCCAGCACAGUGCCAUCCAGAGGAAUUCACCUUCAGGCUGGAUCAAAUCCAGAUGCAGCUCCAGGACUUGAAGACAGACUUGCUGAAUGGACUGAGCCACAGAGGUACAAAAUCCAGCACCUUUCCAGCUUUCUACUUCCCUGUGGAAAACAUUGAGAGCUUUGUGGAGGUCCAUCCCCUCCGUGCUGUGUCUCUCCAAGCCUUCACCCUGUGCUUUUGGAGCAGAGCCCAGAGCCCUGUUGGCAGCCAGACCAUCCUGUCCUACUCCACUGGGGACAGUGAGCACGAGCUGGUGGUGACAGUGGGCACAGAGCUGGGGCUGUGGGUAGGAGGCCACUUCCUCAGCUUCCCCCUGCAGCAGGAGGCUCAGGGCUGGCUGCACCACUGCAUCACCUGGGGCUCCCAGGAGGGAACGGCCAACCUCUGGCUCAACGGAGCAGCUGGCAAAGCAAAGAGCAUCCAGAAGGGCUACGUGAGCCAGGCUGGGGGGACACUGGUCCUUGGCAAGGCCAGGGACGCUCUGCUUGGCACGUUCUCCAACGGGUUUGCAGGGUGGAUGAGCCAGGUGAGCCUGUGGAGCCGAGUCCUGGGCGCCGCUGAGGUUCGGGCACUGGCGCUGUGCAGAGCAGGGCAGCCCAAGGGGGAUGUCAUAGCCUGGGGACAAACCCCCAUGGCCCUGCUCGGGGGGGUGCUGCUGCAGCCUGACACCAGCUGCCAGUGAGCACAGCCUCUGCUUCUCUGAGGGCAUCGAGAGAAUCACAACUGUUCGUUGGGAAAGCUGAGAAAAAACUCACGUUGUCUGCUUGUUUCUCCUCCUGCUUUGUAUAGGCUCACUGUGCACCUCCUGGUGCUCCAGGGUGUUUUUCCAAGAGAACAAAAACCUCCAUCGGUGAGAUAAAAGCAAAGAGCUGUAGAAUCUGGCACAGUCCAGCACCCUGGGUUAAGCACCCAGGGGGUUGAUUUAGACCCCCGUACAGAGAUUUU